AUGAAUUCUCGACGCAGAGAGGCAGAUCCGGUCAACAUGCCUAGGGAGAGGAAAAUGCAAGAACAAACGGAAGUCGUCGCAUUAUUGACGAAAUCCAAUCAUAACAUCUUGGGCAGGAAAGCGGGAUUGUUCAAGAGAAUGAGGGGACUCACCCCGAGGGAGAAGGCGUACGAAGAAGUGACUCGUCAAGCUGCCGGUUACCUUAAGGUUGUUGAGUCGAGCCUAAGAGUUUCUUUGGUCGGAAUAUCGAUCACAAAGACAGCGAUAUCCCUUCUAGAGACUCCGACGCGCAAUCCGGUCCAGCUUAUGGCGGGGUUGAGGUCGCAUGCAGAAGAAUGCCGAUUGGAAGCACAAAACAUGGAAACCGAAUUUAGAAAGGUUCGAACACAAAUCUGGAGUAUUAGCCAAACGCUGGGAAUCUCUUACAAGACCAGCGACCAGGAUGAAUCCAGCACUGUGGAAAUAGAGAAGCUGCGCGAUAUGGGCGAUGUGGACCUCUUCGAUCUGUUCGCCCAAGUCAUUAACCAGUUAACGGGUACAAUUGCAAGAUUUGUGGCCUGGUGGGACGAUGCGACGAUCAACUGGAAAAACAUCAAAGAGCACAUGAUAACUUUCAAGCAUGGGAACGACGUCUUGAUUAAGGAAUGGAGGGAUCUCCAGCUUCAGUAUCAACUAUACAGGGAGGAGAUUAUGGCGCAACAGGAUUAUUAUAGUUCGAAACUCAAGCCGUAG